AUGGCUUCUCGACCUGCCGUCCGCCGCGAGCGCGGCAACGUUGAUUAUUCCGCCAUUGGGAAACUGGGAAGACGCACAGGAGUCACACUCGACCACCGACCGCUGGAUGCGAACGGCAUGGAGGAGAUCUCGGGCAUCUUCUCAUCCCCGCGCAAGCCCUCGCCUUUGAAGAAUGUGAUUAUCGUGGACAGAGUGGAGGAAUCCGGUACCAUGGCUGAGUCGCCGCAGCCGUCAAGCCCCAGCAAUCCAGGGCCUACUCCUAGCCAGGCUCUGUCGUCUCGCAGCAAGAGCCGUGCAACCCCCGUUCCCCUUCCCAGAUCGUCGUCGCCGAGGAAAAGCGGUGUUAGUGGUGCCGCAAGGAAGAGCAAUGGCGUUGAUAUUUUUUCCACGCGCAAAAGUUUGCAGCCCGAGGGCGAGGGUGCUGAGGAUCGCGAAAACAUGGACGAGCCCACACCGACGCGGCUCCAGCCAAUGCUGCCUCCGACCAGGUUCAACCAAAGUCCACAGAGGCUACCGCUACGAGACAUCACCACACCUCCUUCCCACAAACCCUCGAAACCAAGACCCAGUCUCGAAAUGCAACGCAUCGAAAAUGAAGUAUACGCUUCUGUGGAGGACGAGGCUGAAGAAGUUGAGCCGCCAGCAUUGAGCGAUGCUGACCUUUCACCACCUGUUGAGCCAACCGUAGCCCCUCCAGCCCCUCCAGAAAGGCAUCUUUCAGCAGAGGCCAGUGAUGCUUAUGUCGGGUUUGAUGGCGCAGAAGGAGAGCAAGAGCAGGAGCCUAAAUCACCGCCAUCUGAAGUGAUACAGAACAAAGCUAAUUCGAGAAAGAAACGGAAAUCGGAUCUACUUGAAGAGGACGACAAGGCGACAUCACCGGUACCGAAGAAAGCGCGCAAAAAACAGGGACGGAUUCCUGCUCGCCAAGAGACCACCCAGCAUCCUUCGGGCUCCUUCCGAAUAUCGCCAGAAGCAGAAGCUGUCGCAGAAGUGGAACCGCCUCCGCGAGAUAAGGGUGCAAAUCUCAAAUUGUCAGCACGACAACAGAAAGAACUCGAUGAGAUCGUUGAAAAGGUAAAGGCAAGACCCGGUCCACCGAGAUCACUCUACAUUUUGCGCAGAGAGACUCCCACGGACGACGGUGUCACGCAUACAAGAAGCGGCCGAGCCAGCGUAAGACCCUUGGCAUACUGGCGGAACGAGCGAUGCGUUUAUGGCGCGAGUCCUCGUGGCGGUGGCUUGGCGGACGGCGCCAGGUUUCCGCUGAACAGCAUUAAGGAGAUCGUGCGGAUCGAAGAAAUCGAGCCGAAUAUUGGAAAGAAAAAAUCGAAGAGUAAAAGGAAGAAUGAGAAGGGCAAGGGCAAGGGCAAGGGCAAGGCUCGACAAAAAGCAGUGGAAGAAUCCGAAGAGUCGGAUUCGGAGUUUGACAUGGACGAGAUUCCCGAGGAUCCAGACGCCGAACCCUGGGAGACUGGAACGGGCACACUUCGCGGCAAUGUCGCCAUUUGGGAUAAUGAAGAACAAGCGCCCACGGAACAGCAGGAGGAAGUCGAAAUUGCCCAUGCGCCAGCGGCCAUCAAGACGCGCGAAGUUAAGGGCUCGAGCUCACAAGAUGGUGCCUCAUUCCGUUAUGCCAAACUACUGUCCACAAGAUUCUUCGGCACGGGACUCGUGGAUCUGCCUCCUGGAGGACUGAAACGGCCCAAGAACAGUCGCAAAAUGCACAUGAGUUUCUUCGUCGUAAAGGGCAGGGUCACUGUGACUGUGGGCCCGCCUGGGGGUGAAGAAACGGGGAGCAUGAACCGGUUCAGUAUUGGGAAGGGAGGGUUUUGGCAAGUUCCAAGAGGCAAUCAAUACUCGAUCGAGAACGAAAUGGAGAAGCCGGCUAGGAUAUUCUUCAGUCAAGGCUGCGAACCUGCUCCGGUUGAGGAACAGGCAUAA